ACUCAAAUGUCAACACACCAUAUUACUAAAAUUGUUGUCGACACUGUUGUCGAAUGUUCGAUUUGUUCGUACAUUGCCAAAUACAUAGGCAAUUUAAAUUCUCUUCCUGAAGAAAAUUGCAUAAUCAAAACUUUUAGAUAAUAUACAUUUAAUUUGUAAACAAAUUGUGCAAAAUUUAUGAGACAUGGAAGGCGAGGAACUUAGCGGGGACUUGGUGAGGCUCGAUAAUGGAUUCCUUGUUGACGAAGAGACGUAUGUUGUAAAAUCAGACGACUGCCUGGACCAAGAUGGCAAUAAUUCGGACUCAAAUAGCGGUUAUAAGAAUACACCUUUACGGGAACAAGACCGUUUCUUACCAAUAGCCAACAUAGCUAAAAUAAUGAAAAGAGCAAUACCAGAAAAAGGAAAGAUAGCAAAAGAUGCCAGAGAGUGUAUUCAAGAGUGCAUUUCGGAAUUUGUGUCAUUUAUAACAAGUGAAGCGAGCGACCGGUGCAAAAUGGAAAAACGUAAAACAAUCAACGGUGAAGACAUCUUGUUUGCUAUGAAUGCACUUGGCUUUGAUAACUAUGUCGAACCCUUGAAAGUGUAUCUUAAAAAAUAUAGAGAAAUAGUUUUAUCACCAGUCACAAUUAACAAAUUGAACAAAACAAUUGUAUUAUAUGGAAGUGAUGGCUUGGCAUUACCAACUGAAAAUGACAGUGAAACGCAAACUGAGACAAUUAUAUACAGUUAUCCAUAAGAUUGCAUAAAAUUUUACAUGGAAUUUUGUUUAAGUGGAUUAUUGAAAAUUUACAAUAUUAAAAUUUGUUUCAAAAUGCCUUUUUUAUACAUAAGAUAUUCACAUAAGUAUUGUUUUAAAUAUAAGGGUU